AUGGACGAAUGUCUCUCUUUUACCGAUCAUACCCAGAAUCUUACAUCUAAACUUAUGGGAUCAUUGUGUCAGAUCAGCCGAGUUCAACACUUAUUCGAUAAGAAAACUCUGAUAUCUAUAAUCAAUUCUCUUGUGUUUAGUAAAUUGUAUUAUUGCUCGACUGUUUGGGCAGGUACCUUUAAAGAGAAUAUAAGGAAAUUACAACUGGUUCAAAAUUUUGCUGCCAGAAUAAUUUCUGGCAAGAGGAAUUUGACCAUAUUUCAUCCACAAUUAAAGACCUUGGAUGGUUAUCAGUCCAGGACAUGUUAG